AUGUCUGCUUUCACUAAACUUGUUCGGUUCUCUGCUGGCUCGCAAACCCACUAUGGGGAUCUUGUGAACUUUGUGGACGGGAAGUACACGGUCCGGAAGAUGACCGGAAGCCCUUUCACCAAGCUGGAGACUACGGAGGAGACUGUGCAGGUCGAAACACUCGAAUGUCCCCUUGAAAGUGUCCCGAUCAUUAUGUGCGUCGGGUUGAAUUACCACCAGCAUGCGAAAGAGGCAAAUCUCCCUGUUCCUACUUAUCCGGUCAUUUUCACCAAGCCUUCGGAUGCACUUGCUGGACCCUUUGAAUCAAUUGACAUCCACCCAGAUGCGCGCGAUCUUCUCGAUUAUGAGGGUGAACUGACCAUUGUGAUCGGGCAAGACGCCAAAAACGUGUCAGAAGAAGAUGCACUCGACUAUGUCUUGGGCUAUACAGCUGGAAAUGACCUGUCAGCUCGAAAUUUCCAGCUGCCAGAAGCCUCCGGUGGCCAGUUCUGUUACGCCAAAUCUUUCGACAAAUUUGCACCUAUUGGUCAUGCAAUCGUGUCAAACCGCGAGAUAGUAGACCCUCAAGUGCUGAAGCUGACCACCAAGGUCAACGGAAUUGUCAAGCAAGAAACCAACACUGGUGACAUGAUCUGGAGUGUUCGUCAGAUCGUCAGUCACCUUUCUCGUGGCACGACCCUCCGAAAGGGCACCUUGGUUAUGACUGGUACACCAUCCGGGGUAGGCUAUUUCCGGAAAGAGUUUCUAAAAGAUGGAGAUAUUGUCGAGGUCGAGAUUGAGGGUGUCGGAGCCACCAAGAACCGAGUUCAGCACUGA